UUUAUUACAUUUCCAUCUAUAUAACAUUCUGGUUUGACGGGCAGGCUUUUCUCAGCAGUUGUGAUGCUGUGCUUUUAAAUGUGUUUUUUUAAGAAAUGCAUUAAACAUUAUCCCCCUUCCCACCCAAAGGCAUGCCUCGAUAGUGAGUUAUGCAGUUUUCAACAUGCUGUGGACUUGAGUUUAAAGCCGGUUUGUGUUUGAGUUCAGUUUACUCUGCAGGUCAUGAUGGAUCGAGCAGCUCUCCGGCUGAUUUUCUUGGGUGUCUUCCUCAUCUUAGCUACUUCAGAUCCUGUUAAAAAGAAACAAAAUGUGGAUAUAUACAGCUUCUACAUUAACUCCACGGUCACCAGCCGCUACGCCACAACAGUCAUCACAAGCCGUGUUGCGAACAAAUUGAAUGAAUCUCAAGAGAUCCAGUUUGAGGUCAAGAUUCCCAAGAAUGCCUUCAUCAGCAAAUUCAGAAUGACCAUAGAGGGAAAAACAUAUGAUGGGGUUGUGAAGGAAAAAGAAGCAGCUCAGCAGCAAUACAGUCAAGCAGUAUCUCGAGGACAAAGUGCUGGACUGGUCAGAUCAGUUGGAAGGACUUUAGAGGACUUUAAAACCUCAGUGACAGUAGCUGCUUUUAGUAAAGUGACCUUUGAGUUGACCUACGAGGAACUGUUAAAGCGUCGCCUCGGCAAAUAUGAGCUACUCAUCAACGCCCAACCGAUGCAGCCAGUGGCUGACUUCAAGAUGGAUGUGCACAUCCAAGAGAAGCCAGGAAUCUCCUUCUUGGAGGUGAAAGGAGAUUUGAGCACUGGUGAUCUGGCCGAUGCCAUCAAAACCACCAGAGCAGACAAAGACGCAUGGGUGACCUUCUAUCCUUCUCGAGAUCAACAGACCAAGUGUAAAAGCUGUGGAGAAAAUGGGUUGAGUGGUGACCUGCUCAUAGCAUAUGAUGUUGAGAGACAAAAUCCUAAAGGAGAAGUCAUGGUAUCAAAUGGCUAUUUCGUCCACUACUUUGCCCCCUCUGAUGUUCCACAUAUUCCCAAAAAUGUGGUGUUUAUUAUCGACCAGAGUGGUUCUAUGCAUGGUAGAAAAAUGGAUCAGACUCGUUUGGCACUGCUGAGGAUUUUAAGUGAUCUUGAUGAGGAUGACCACUUUGGAUUGAUCACCUUUGACAGUGAAGUUAGCUUAUGGAAGCGUGAGCUCCUCAGAGCUACUGAGGAAAAUCUAGAGAAUGCCAAAUCUUUUGUGAAGGAGAUCAGAGAUAGAGGAGCCACGGACAUAAACGCAGCAGUUCUAGCAGGAGUGGAUAUGAUCAGUCGACAUCCACGAGAGGGAACAGCCUCCAUCCUGAUCCUGCUGACCGAUGGAGAUCCCACUUCAGGUGAAACCAACAAAGAGAAGAUAAUGGCGAAUGUGAAAGAGGCCAUUGGGACAAAGUUUCCCCUCUAUUGCCUUGGUUUUGGAUAUGAUGUUAACUUUGACUUCCUGACAACGAUGUCUCUGGAAAAUAGUGGAGUUGCUCGCAGGAUUUAUGAAGAUUCAGACGCUGAUCUACAGCUUCAGGGCUUCUAUGAAGAAGUUGCCGUCCCUCUUCUCACUGAAAUUCAACUUAAAUACCCAGGAGGUACAAACCUUACCAAGACCAGCUUUAGCUUGUACUUCAAUGGCUCUGAGAUUGUGGUGUCAGGACAAAUCACAGACAACAGUGUGGAGAGUUUCACCACCCAAGUCAUCGCAGUAUCAAAAGGCAGCAAUGUGACGUAUCAAGACACUAUAAUGACAAAAGAGCCCAGUGAUGUUCCACCUGAGGAUGAAGAUUUCAUGCAGAGGUUGUGGGCCUACCUUACAGUGAAACAGCUUCUGGAGAGACAGGUGCUUCUUAAAGGACAGGAGAAAGAGGACGAAAAGAAAGAAGCUCUCAGACUUUCUCUGAAAUAUCAGUUUGUCACUCCCCUCACCUCUAUGGUCGUUACUAAGCCACAGGAAGGAGACGUGGAAGUAGCCGACAAACCCAAAGAGGGAGAAGCGCCGCACAGACCUCCAGUAAGGAAGUUUCAACAUACAACUCACUUACUCAGCUCGAAACACUUUAAACUUCAAGAUGCAGUCCCAAGCUUUGCAUUACGGUUAAGUGAUGAUGUCAGGCCAGCAGCUGGGAGAAUGUUACCUGUUCCUUCUAUAGUGUCAGUUCAUAGCAAUCGUUUCCUGCUGCCUGUUGUUGGUCAGUCUAAGCCACUCUGUGAAUGGAGAAUCCACAACUGGACAAAACGGAUUCCAUCAAAUUGCCUUACAUUACAACAUCAACCAUCAUCUGACAAUAAACACAACAUCUAUUAGAUACCACGAUGGUCAGACUCAAGUUGAGUUCUUAUGGGGCCAGGAAUCAACCCAACACAUUACUGAGGGCGUGUCUCUGAUUCUCCGGAAAAAGGAAACACACAUCCUCAUGGGAAAAAUUAGAGUCGUUAUUCUUCUUCAUAA